AUGUCCCAGUCCCGGCCACCACUCAACCAUCACGAGUCCUCGGAACGAAGCGAGUUUGGAGGGCGGGGCGACCUCUCCAUUCCCGACGGUGACGAGACUAUACCCCCCCUCCUAGCAGAAGUCACGCUGUUCGUGGUUCCGGGGAAAUUGGACUUGAGGGAAGUGUAUGAGCGCAUCGACGCGCUGGGAGGCGAGAGGGUGCUGGAUCCGGACGAGGCGACGCUUGUGGUGACGGGGCUGAGGGGCGUGCCGAGGUUGCAGCGGGCUCUGGGGGCGAAUCUGCACGACCGGCAAAUCGUGAAUGUCGGGUACAUCGACGCCGUCUACGACGUGGCCCAGAGUGUGAUAGACUGGAAAGAGAAAGGCGUGCCCUCCCUCCCUGACAAGUCCCCUUUCUUGCUCCGGUUUAAGAGACUGAGUGUCGAGGUAGUGUCGCCGCCAGCGUCUCCCGCACCUGCUUCCGUUCAUCAUCCCCGUCCCAGCUCGGCCGAUGAGGGCCACGGGCCAAAGUCUAAGAAACCAAGGCUCGCUGAGAACCAGAAGGAUGAAGGAAGGAAAGAUGAUGUGGAUAGUGGCGAGGAGGGGCAAGAGGGAGAGGACUGGGCGCAAUCCGACGACGAGAGGGAGGAGGCCGCCCUCGUCGGGCCCCGCGUUGGCGAUCUUGAAGACGUGCACCCCUAUCCGGUCGAUGUGGAUUUUGGGUCCAUCCCGCGCAUGGCCUUGUUGCGGCCCAGCCCGCUCGUCUGCGUCAACCAGGAUAUACCCAUCUACACGGAACGCGAGUUCGACGAGGGCCAGCAGCUCAACAGCAAUGUGCUGAGCUAUCGGCGCUCGAUGGCGAUCCUCAAGUCUGUGCCACGACGCAUACGGAGCGGGGAGGAGGCGCAGACCCUCGUCGAUGUCGGGGGCAAGGUUGCCAAUCGAAUCGACGAGUACCUCGCCACGGGGCAGAUUUCCGAAUCCGCCUCCAUCCUCGCCUCGGAGCGCUAUAAGGCCCUGCGCCUCUUCUCCUCCGUCUUCACGAUCGGGACACAUACGGCUGUGCAGCUCUGGGACGCGGGAUGUCGGACUCUCGACGACGUGCUGCAGCACUAUGACUGGACGCCGCCGAGUACACCUAAAGAGGAGCGCAAAGCGAGAAAGCGAAGGAUGGAGGGGACCAUGACCAAGCCUGAGAUUGUGCAUGCUUGGGUGAAGUUGAGGGACCAGCUGGAUCAGCCGAAAGACGUGGCUGCCAUCUCCUCCCUGGUGCGGGAACACCUCCAGGCCCUGCGGCCCGACACGCAGCAGGUGAUUGCCGGCGGCUUCCGGCGGGGGAAACAAGACACGGGCGACGUCGACGUCAUCUUCACUGCCGGGCCGUAUCCCUCCCAUGCCACGAGCCCGCAGACCCCCGACUCGGAUCCUACAGACGGGCUCCUGUUCCGCCUCGUCCGCCGCCUGUGCCGACUGGGUAUCAUUACGCACGUCUUGCAGCUUACGCAGCGCGCGAGAGUCGGGCCACUGCACUCGUCAGGCGCCAACUUUGAUAAUCUUGACAAGGCAUUUGUGAUUCUCAAAAUUGGAGGACAGCAUCGACGGGUAGAUCUGAUUGCCUCGCCGAGGACGAGAUAUGCCGCCGCCGUCCUCAGCUGGAGCGGGAGCAUGAUGUUCGAGCGUGACUUGAGGCGAUACGUUGAGGACCGUGGCCUCAAGUUCCGCGCUGGCCUAAUGGACCCGCAUACCCAGAAAGAAAUCAACUUUGCGACCGAGCGCGAGCUGUUCGCGUUCCUCGAGCUGCCGUACGUGCCGCCGCAGCUGCGCAAUGCGGACGGAUAG